AUGUCUGUCAGUUUAGCCUUUGAUGGCGAAAGACUCUCUCGAGAAAACCCUAGUCUUGAAAAACUUACUUAUGCAAUCCAUCUCAUUGCCAGACAUGCAGCACAGAGGAAAAUCAAUGAGAUCAUCAUCAUAGGCGACCCAAAUGAUCCAUGCAUUGUUUCCAUUGGCGCCCUGUUUCAGUUCUUUGUGACGCCACGAUAUUUGGUGAGGGAGUCCUUGUCCCAAGUGUUGAAGAAACAACACGUUCCUGCAAAAAUAUUCAGCAAGGCCAAGACUCUCCCACCUGUCCCAACACUGGUGACAUACCUCAAUUCUCAUGCCGACAAGAGCUCCCCCUACAGGGAGGGACUCUCGAUCUGGAAGAAGGCCAGGGGGCACAAAAGUGCCAGCGGGAAGGUUCACAAGGCGUCCAAGAGUGCCCGGACCACGAGGUAUGUUCUCGUUGGCGAACGGGAAGUGGUUGAGGUAAAGGAUCCAUUGCCGCUUCAUGUCCGAGUUAGUGUGGACAUGAAGACCAAGAACGUUGUCUCUGGACGAGACGCUUACGGAUAUAUUGGCUACACUGUACGUAUAGCCAGCAAUGUGGAGAGUGUCUUUACUGAGAGCAGUAUCGAAUAUACUCAUGGAGUGUAUGUUCCCAGCAGGGGCGUCUUCUCCAAGCCGGACAGCGGCAACGACAACAACUACGACAACGGCAACGGCAACGACCACGACAACAAUCACGACCACGACCACGACCACGACCACGACCACGACAAGGAGACGUUGGCAUUGCAACCACUUCCAAAAUACGUCUCUCUUGUUAAUAAAGACCAAAAGCAGGCAUUGGUGGUUAUAGUAAGCAACAGAACUUCAUUAAGAGAGCUCUGCGACAGCGAGCUUGUUGUAGCCGAGCCCCCUCUGAGAAUGGACGACGCGCUAGUUUUAACAGUGGCAAAAGUGUAG